UACAUAAACAUAUACAAGUGCCUUUAUAAACGCAAAAUGGGUUCAUUUGUUAGUAGAUCAUCUCCUGCCAAUAUGAGCGGACCAGUAGCGGAUUUCGUCAAGAGCGCCAUCGCUAAAGACAAGGUCGUCAUCUUUUCGAAGAGUUAUUGUCCGUACUGUACGAUGGCUAAAGAGCCAUUCAAGAAACUCCAGCAGCCAUUUGCCUGCUAUGAACUGGAUCACCGCAAUGAUGGAGAUGAAAUGCAAUCGAUACUCGGUGAUAUGACGGGAGGCAGAACGGUACCCAGAGUGUUCAUUAACGGCAAUUUUGUCGGAGGUGGAACCGACAUAAAGAAGAUGUAUUCCGACGGACGUUUAGAAAAAUUAUUGGCCUAGUUGAAGAAGUGUGAAACCGUGAUCCGUUACUCAUAAAAUGAUUAUAAAUUUCUAUUUAUUUUCAAAUCUCAUUGCAAGAAUUAAUUUGUGAAGCACAAAU